AACAAGCUCAAAUACUUGCUUUACCAAUUCCUGAAGACAAAGAAGACACUUCAGAUGAUGAUAGUAGUUCAGAAAGUAAUUAUGAAACAGAAACAUCUGAUACUCCUGAUAAGGUUUUAGCUAUGUCACAGCUACAUGGAGAAAUAUUGAGAAAACGAACUCGAAAUAAUUUUGAACAAUUGAAAAACCAGCAACAAGAUUUAAAUAGUAAUCAAGAGCCAACUAUAGUACUUCCUGAUAUCUCUUUUAAUGAUAAUCAAACUGAAGCAACAAAUUUAGCUUCAUCUACUACUUCUAAUAUUCUUAUUCAAAAAGAUUCUGAAGAUAUAAGUGAGUUGGAUGCAGAUUCUUCAAGUGAAAUUUUAACUACUGAACAAUGGAAUAGUGUUAUUACGGAUUGGACAGAUAUGUUGGAUAGUGAAAACCAUUUAACAAAUGUGAAUCUAUUCAAGAAGACCCCACUGUAUUUUGAAUUUGUUGGCCUUACUGUAUAUCCAGCUAAUGAUCCACUUGCUAAAUGGGAUUUGGCAACUUUGUUUAAUAAUACUUUAGAUGCACCGGUUUUUCUUGAAAGUAUAUCGCAAAAUUCUAUUUCCGGUAAUUAUAAUUUGACCUAA